UUGCGCUUUUCGAUCUGCUGAGAAAGAUAUAUCGCUUAUUAUACUAUUAUCACCACCGUUGCCGUCGUUGUUGCUACUACUAUUAUUAUUAUUGUUGUUAGAGUAUAACCAACCAACCAACCAACCAACCAACAAACAAAAAAAACAUGACGAAGCAAUGGGAAGUAUACGAAGACACAAUCAAGAACCUCUACACCGAGAACACGCUCUCGGUGGUCCGGCAGACGAUGAUGGAUAGGUAUGGGUUUAAAGCAUCAACAAGAGCGUACCGAGGCCGUCUGAUCCGCUGGAACGUGCGCAAGUACAACUGCCGCAAACGCGGCGAGGAGCGCUCGCCUUCGUCUUCGAGCGCCCGUGACGGCAGUGGUGGUGGUGGUGGUGGUGGACAGCGUGGGGAGAUGGGGAUGGGGCGGCAGCUUGAGUUUGGGAGGGGCGUUGGAGUUGGAGUUGGAGUUGGGGGUGGAGUUGGAGUUGGUAGUAGCCAAAGCCACGGACACCUGGCCAUGCCGGGCUCGCAGUAUGGCGCGGCUGAGGCGGGAGGACAGGCGCUUUCUUUUGCUAAUGACCCGUACUCUGCCUCCUAUUCCAAGAGCAGAUCCCACCUCCCGCCACAACAACAACCACCACCACAGUCGCUGCCGCUGUCACAACCCAGCAACAACGUCUUACCGUACGGCUGGAACAACAACAGCAGCCACUCGAUGGCCACCACGCUCCCAGCUCUCGGAAACAUUACUACUACGAACAGUGGCAACAACAACAACAACACUACCCCUACAACCGACAUUAGCAGCAAUAACAAUAACACGAGUAACGAAACAUUACAUACCAACACCGGCACGCCCUCUUCUUUCAACGCCAGCAACAGCAACAGCAUCGCCCCGCCGCCGUACUUCCGCACCUACGCCCAUGAUCCUAUGGCCGGUAGCUACUACCAUACCCCUCCCCCGCCACAGCAGCCGCAGCGAGGAGUGGGCCACCAUCUAGACGUGACGAGUGGCGGAAGCGGUGGUGUGGGUGGAGGUGGUAUGGUAGAGAUGGCGUAUGGGAGACCGGGGAGGGAGAUUAACUGGGUAACAGUAGGAAUAUGGAUAGGGGCAGGGUUAUUUGGUGGAUUUGGAUGGAUUGGGAUGGCGUUGGAUAUGGUUGAUGCGUACCUAGGUAGGUAGGUAGGUAGGUAGGCGUCUAGGAUAUGGGGGAGGAGAAAGGGAGGGAGAAGAAGAAGAAGGAGAAGGAGAAGGAGAAGAAAGGGGGUUGAAAUAACUGACCUAUUAUAUGGGC